AUGGACCCGAUCCUCACGGACAAGGGCCUCCGGGACUCCCUCAAGUUCUGCGAGUCCGCCAGCGCGGAGGGAGGCCGGCGGUCCUUUCAUCCAGGGUGCCUGCAAAGGGACAGGGCGGUAUUGCACAACAGACAACUCACAACGAAAACAAAGGAUGGCAGCGUUCGUGUCAAAAGCCAGUGGCACCAGUGUUGCGAUGAGUGCCUAAUACGGGGGGAACAGGACCCGGACAGCUUCAAGGUCCAGGCAGGUGUGGAGCAGAAGUUCAUUGAGCAGCGGAGGGAGCAAAAGCGGAUAUGUAAUGCUCGAAAGCGCACACAGGAGCGUCUGAGUCGUGUUUGUGAGAAGUUUGGACUGGACAUGGUGAUGCAGUACUGCGUGAAUCAGAUGCAAGGGAGCGGUGUUGUUGUGCAGCCGUACAUGGCUGUGGCAGAAUUGCCAUCUGCUGGAGGUCAUGAAGCACAGGCUACAGGAAGCCCCAACGCAGCAGGCACUUGCGUAGAUGAUGAAACCACAGAAGAGCCAUCCCCUAAGAGGCAACACCAAGACAUGAUUAGCGCAUCACCGGAGGUCUCUGCAAUUGAUCACAGCUGCAUCCAAGACGCACUGUCAGCUAGUACUCGCCCGAAUUGGACCAAGUCGACUCUGAGGCAAGUCUUGGCACGAUAUUACGGUGUGACAAACCUGCGGCUGGACAUGUCAAAAGAGCUGUUGUGGGAGCAACUGAAACGACACGCAGAAAUGAGGUGGACGCAAGGCCAAGGUGGGGCACAGAUCGCUGGCCCACUGGUUACGCCUGGCCAGAAUGUGCCUGUGGUCGCUGUGAGCGGCAUACAGCCCCUUCCUGUGAGUGGGGCUGUGUUGAUUCCAAUGGGGCCCCCUGAGAUUCUGGUGCCUGGACUAUCAGGCGCUCUGCCAUCGCUGACACCACUGGCCAGCACCAAGCCCAUGAGGAGUGCUGUGCAAGGGACACCUUCAGCAGGUGUCAUGCUUCAUGCUUUGCCUACUCCGCUGGCAGUGAACACUGCGCCACAGACUGCAAGGCAACCUGCUGAUCGUACAGUUCCUGUUCCUGAGCACCUGAGCAGUGGUCCACAGUUGGUGGGACCAUCCAUGCUGGCAACUUUGCAGAUGGAGCAUACCCUGGCAGGCGUGGUCACGGAGCAGCCUGCAGGUGUGGCAGGCUGUCAAAGUGUCACACAAGGCGACACGUUGAACACAGCAGCAAGUAGAACCUCAGGAACGUGUAUAGAUCCUGCACCCACUGCAUCUGGUGUGCCACCCCUGCCUGUGGGGGAUGCUCCCCUCUUGCAGGUGUCCCCUGAGUCCAACAGACCUCUGGAGGGGGGCAGUUUCGCCACCGCCCGACACCCUGCAGGUUCCCUGGUGCUUGCUGGGCCGUCAGGAGUUCUGCAGCCACCGGGUUCGAUUGUCAGUACCAUCGGCAGUGAAGGGCCCCCAUUGCAUGCAAUGGGAAUAUUGGGUACCACAGGGGUCCCUGAGUUGCUGGCAGGUGAAAGAACAGUGGGCUCUGAAGUAGUCAAUGGUGCUGGGUGCGAAGUACCAGUUUCAGCAUUGCCUGUGGGUGGACAGGUGCAUUGGAGCAUGUCCCUGCCCAGUGCCCACCUUGCAUCAACAACUGCUCCCCUGCCUGUAAUGUCUCUUCCAAAUGUCUCAGCCCACACUCCGCAUUUUCCACUUGAGAUGGGUGUCCCGCUGCCCUGGCAAUGGUAUCAUGGCUCUGCUGUUGCAGAAGGUGUGCCUGUGAAUCAUCCUUUUGCCAUGGGUGCAUCUGCUAUUGGGGUUCCAGUGCAGUCAUCUGGCCAUGGAAUGGCCACCAACGUGCCACACCCAAAUGUACAGCAGGAUGCAGCCCCCGGUAGUGAUCCUAGCUCUUCUUGCCCCGAAUAG